AUGUGGUUGUCGGCGAUCCUUGCCGGUCUUCUGCUGGUUGUCCGGUUGUCCAGGAGUGAGAUUUUAACGCCGCCGUAUUUUAACUUGGCCGAGGGUAAGGAAAUCGUCGCCUCGGCUACAUGCGGCGUGGACACCACCGGUCCGGAACUCUAUUGCAAGCUCGUCGGUGCGAACGCCGAUCAGGAUGAGGAUAUCAAUUUGAUCCAGGGUCAGGUAUGCGAUUAUUGCGAUCCUGAUAAUCCCGAAAAGAGGCACCCGCCUGAAUAUGCAGUCGAUGGCAUGGAAACUUGGUGGCAAUCACCGCCUUUAUCCAGGGGGAUGAAAUACAACGAGGUGAACUUGACAAUAAAUCUGGGACAAGAAUUCCAUGUGGCUUACGUUUACAUGCGAAUGGGCAAUUCUCCGCGACCAGGACUUUGGAUACUAGAGAAGUCGAAGGACUAUGGCAAGACCUGGUCGCCCUGGCAAUACUUCUCAGACUCCGCCAACGACUGUCUCACGUACUUCGGCGUGGAUAGCCACAAGCCGAUUAUCCGAGACGACAGUGUAAUUUGCACGACCGAGUUCUCAAAGGUCGUCCCUCUUGAAGGCGGCGAGAUUCCAAUUUCAAUUCUGAAUAAUCGACCCUCGGCGAAACAUUAUUUUAAUUCAACUUUGCUGCAAGAGUGGACACGGGCGACUAACGUCCGUUUCCGCUUUCUUAGAACGAAGAAUUUGUUAGGCCAUCUAAUGUCCGUCGUUCGUCAAGAUCCCACUGUCACCAGGAGGUACUUCUACUCGAUUAAGGAUAUCAGUAUCGGCGGCCGUUGCAUGUGUAACGGACACGCGGACAUCUGCGACAUUCAGGAUCCCAACAUGCCGAAGAAGUUGGUUUGUCGAUGUCAGCAUAAUACCUGCGGGCCUCAAUGUGCGACAUGCUGCAAGGGUUUCGAGCAAAAGAAAUGGCGACAGUCUACGGCCUCCAAGAAAUUCACAUGCGAACCCUGCAACUGCUUUGGACACUCGGACGAGUGUAAUUACGAUCCGGAAAUCGACGAGAAACACUUGUCGCUGGACAUUCAUGGUAAUUAUGAGGGCGGUGGUAUCUGUCAAAAUUGCAGGCACAACACUGAGGGCAUCAACUGCAACCGUUGCAAGCCUAAAUUUUACAGACCUCGCGACAAGCCGCUCAAUGCAACUGACGUAUGUCAACCUUGUGAUUGCGACCACUUUUACUCGACUGGAAACUGUGCCGACUCCACCGGGAAGUGCGAGUGCCGGAAAGAGUUUACACCACCGGAUUGCAAUUCCUGCAAUUACGGUUACUUUGGCUAUCCUAAUUGCCGGCCCUGCGAGUGCCACUUGCAGGGCACAGAUGGUUAUCACUGCGAAGCGACGGAGGGUUACUGCCCUUGCAAACCGAACUACGCCGGUCACUAUUGCAAUCUCUGCGCCGAGGGAUAUUACAAUUUCCCCGAAUGCUUACCCUGCGACUGCAAUCCUCUGGGCGCUCUGAGCGAUGUUUGCGACGUAGUGUCUGGCAACUGUACAUGCAAGAACAAUUACGGUGGCAGAACGUGUAAUAUUUGCGAGGACGGUUACUUCAAUUAUCCCCUUUGUACAUACUGUAAUUGUGAUGCGCGUGGAACACAACCCGGCAUUUGCGACAAAUCGGACGGUGUUUGCUUGUGUAGAGAAGGGUACGGCGGCAUCAGAUGUGACCAGUGCAUCCCCGGAUAUUACGGCUACCCCAAUUGCAGACCAUGUAACUGCAGUUCUGUCGGUUCGUCCACCGUCAGCUGCGAUGCUGCCGGUAAAUGCUCGUGCCUGGCCAACUUCGCUGGUAGGACUUGCAGUCAGUGCAGUCCAGGAUAUUAUAUGUAUCCGGAAUGUAUCGCAUGCAAUUGCGAAAGUCACGGCUCAAUCGGUGUGUCCUGUGACGGAGAGGGCAAAUGUCAGUGCCGCGAGAACUUUGACGGCACCCGGUGCGAACAGUGCAAGGAAGGUUAUUACAACUUUCCCACCUGCGAAGGAUGUAAUUGCGAUCCAGCUGGCAUAGUUGCGACCUUCCAAGGUUGCGGCUCCUUGCCACCCGGUGAGCUCUGCCAGUGCAAAGAUCGGGUUGAGGGGAGAAUAUGCAACCAAUGUAAGCCGCUUUAUUGGAAUCUGCAGCCUUACAAUCCGGACGGUUGCGAAGAGUGCCAAUGUCACAUUCCCGGAGUUAUCGGCAGUAUCGGCGAGUGCGACACAAAGACUGGACAGUGCAUAUGCAAGCCUGGCGUAAUCGAUAGAGGAUGUAGUCGAUGCGUCGAUGGAACUUACAAUCUCCAGGAGAGUAAUCUCUUUGGCUGUUCUGAUUGCGCUUGUGACGUCGGCGGCUCCGUGAAUCCAAUAUGCGAUAAACAGACUGGCCAGUGUCCUUGCCAACCACGGGUGAACGGUCUAACGUGCAAGGAGCCCUUGAAAGCCCAUUACUUCCCCACGCUUCAUCAGUAUCAGUAUGAGGCCGAGGAUGGCAGAACUCCAAGCGGCAGUGCCGUUCGUUACGGUUUCACGGAAGAUCUUUUCCCGGACUUCAGCUGGAAGGGUUAUGCCGUGUUCUCUGCUUUGCAAGACGAAAUCGUACUAGGCGUAGGCAUCGGUAAAUCCUCGCUCUAUCGUAUGGUCCUGCGCUAUGUAAAUCCCAACAACGAGCCGAUUCUUGGUACUAUCACCAUUACACCAGACAACACGGCCGAGGUGGAGCAACAUUUUAAAGUCAAUUUCAAACCGACCGUUCGACCAUCCUUCGUAACGGUUGCCGGAGCGCAUGGUAAUCAUCCGUCACCCAUGGUGAUGAAUCCCGGACGCUGGACCAUCAAAAUUGCGACAAAGAAAAGUCUAUUCUUGGACUACUUUGUGCUAUUACCAUCAGAGUAUUACGAAGGCGGCAUACUGACUCAGGACGUAAACAUGCCCUGCGAAGUUGGCCACAAGGGACUUUGUAGACAUUAUGGAUACCCGAACCUGACACGAUUCGACUCAGUCCAUGGGGCCGGCGGUUUCCUUAGUGAGAACAACGCUAGAAUCCCAUUGACCGAGUACUUUACCGAUCACGAGACCCUACGAGAAAUCGAGGAAGACGAGGUGCCACUCAUCAACAAGCAGCAAGAAGAAAUUCAUUUCGAGCUGAGGAUCAGUAAACCCGGCCCCCAUGUCCUCGUAGUAACUUACGUCACACCGCGGGAGGAGCGGGUCACGUCGGUACUGCUAAUCGAAGCCAACACUGUCGGCAAGGGUAAAGCCACUCUAAAUCCCUGCAGGUAUACCAGCACCUGUCGACAAGUUGUCACCGAUACUUACGGCAAGGUAGCCGUCAUGAAUUUCCCAUCAAAUUAUGUAAGUCUGGUGUUGACCGGCGAGCCGACAUCGAAUGUCGCGAUUGAUUCGAUAGUGGCGAUCCCCUAUCAUGAAUGGUCGCUAGAUUACGUGAAACCGAAAUCCGUGUGCGUGAGGAAAAAUGGCAAAUGCGUGCAGGGAAUUUUCCCGGGUGCUGCCGAUGCCAAGAAGAUCGAGUUCGAAACAGCUAGCGGCACUCACGAAGCUCAGCAUCGACCGUCUGGCAUCUAUGAUAACGCUACUAAAUUGAUUCAUUUGGAUGACGGCGAUAUGGUGGACAUUCACGCAAAGGUAUCCCAACCGGGAGAUUACGUCUUCGUGAUACAGUACUAUCAACCAGAUCAUCCCAAGUUUGAAUUGGACGUGCUGGUGCAGAAUGGCAAAUUUUACGAGGCUAAAGUGCCGGUUCCUCAUUGCCCUAGUAACAGCGGCUGUCGCAGCAUCGUCCGUCAAAUCGACGGCGGUACAAGAUUCCAGUUAAUCGAAAAUUUGGUGCUGACGCUAAAAGUUUCCGAUGACAACCGUGGUAUCUGGCUGGAUUAUGUCCUGGUAAUCCCAGCGGAUCAGUAUAACAAAAAGAUUCUUGGCAAGCUGCAAUUCGAUCAAACCAAGGAGUUUAUUAAGCGCUGCGGCAGCAAUCAUUUCCACAUUAACGUCACUGAGGACAGCUUCUGCCGCGACUCCACUUUUUCCUUAACGGCAAAUUAUAACAAUGGCGCAUUGCCCUGCAACUGCGACGUCGAGGGUUCUACGAGCUUCGAAUGCGACAAGUUUGGCGGCCAAUGUCCCUGCCGACCGAACAUCAUCGGCAGACGGUGCGAAAUCUGCAAGACUGGCUUCUAUGGCUUCCCCAAGUGUAGACCAUGCAACUGUCCUACAACCGCAAUCUGUGAACAAGAAAGUGGCAGAUGUAUCUGUCCUCCUCGAGUAACUGGCCCUCGAUGCGACCAGUGCGAAGCUGGCACCUAUGGUUUCCAUCCGAUUAUUGGUUGCGAGGAGUGUAAUUGCUCGCCUUUGGGUGUCUUGGACGGCGAUCUUCAGUGCGACCUUCUUUACGGUGGUUGUCGUUGUAAAGAAAACGUGGUAGAUCGUCAAUGCGAUCGUUGCCGUGCUGGUUACUCGCAAUUUCCUCACUGCGAGCGUUGCGAUUGUGACUCGCGCGGUACCACGAGCGAGAUCUGCGAUCAGUACACAGCCGAAUGCUUCUGCAAAGCGAACGUGCAGGGUCUAGCGUGCGACGUAUGCCGUGAGGGUACUUUUGAUAUCCAAGCUGAUAACGAAGACGGCUGCACCAAAUGCUUCUGUUUCGGCAAAACUACUAGAUGCGCCUCUGCAAGUCUCUAUCGAACUCACCUCAUGGACAUGGAUGACUGGGAAAUAGCUCCCAUCGAGAAAAGUGGUAAUUUCGCCAAUUUGUCGACUUAUCCGGAAAAUGUGAACGUUACUACAGUCAUGGUCUCCCUCACUACCAAUGAUACCUUCGAGAACGUCGUCUACUUCUCGGCGCCUGACUCUUACCUCGGCAAAAGCUUAACUUCCUACGGCGGCUACUUGAAUUACAGCGUGUAUUAUAGCACGGGGCCCUUCGGCAAGGCUGUCAGCGCUGCCGAUGUAAUUCUUCAAGGCGCCGACACUAUGCUGUUCUACUACUCUGAUGAGCAACCUCCAUCCUCCACGAACUUCAGAGCAUCUGUUCGCCUCGUGGAAGCUAAUUUCUUAACUAGCAAUAGGCUCAGCGCCACGAGAGAACAGAUUAUGGUAGUUCUCGAGGAUUUACGUGGAAUAUAUGUGCGUGCUACGUAUUGGAAUCCGAGCAUCAUGGCUUCAUUGUCAUAUGUAACAUUGGACAUCACGACGGAGCAAUACUCCGCUCAAUACAGCGUUCCGGCUAGCAGUGUAGAGCAAUGUCAGUGUCCACCCAAUUAUCAAGGACUCUCGUGUGAAGAGUGUGCUCCAGGAUACUACAGAGUGAAAUCAGGACCCUACGGUGGCUAUUGUGCUCCUUGCCAAUGUAACGGUCACGCAACGACGUGCGAUGUGAACACUGGAAUCUGUCAGAACUGUAAGGAUGGCACUACCGGUGAUUACUGCGAGUUCUGCGAGCAGGGUUACUACGGCAACGCUACCAUAGGCACACCGACGGACUGUCUAAUAUGCGCGUGUCCGCUGCCAGUCACCUCCAACAAUUUUGCCACCGGCUGCGAAGUGAACGACGAAGGCAAUAAAAUCAGUUGCGACUGCUUGCCCGGAUAUUACGGCGCCCGUUGCGAAGCUUGCGCCGCCGGCUACUACGGCAAUCCCGAGAUAUACGGCGAUUACUGCAAACCAUGCGAGUGCUCUGGCAACAUUGACACCAACCAGAUUGGCUCAUGCGACAGCAUCACCGGACAAUGCUUGCAGUGCUUGAACAACACCUAUGGUGAAGCGUGCAAUUUGUGCGCGCCAGGCUACUUCGGCGACGCCGUCGAGCGAAAAGAUUGCCGCAGUUGCGUGUGCGACGAAUGCGGAAUGGAACGUUGCGACAGCUAUAGCGGCCAAUGUUUCUGUCAAGAGAAUGUCAUCGGCGAACGCUGCGACCGCUGCGCGCCCGAUUACUAUGGCUUUACCACUUGCGACGGCUGCAGAGCGUGCGAUUGCGGGUUGGCCUCGGAGAGCAGUCAAUGCGAUUACGAAACAGGACAGUGCAAGUGCAUGCCGGGCGUUACCGGUCGCAGGUGCGAUCAGUGCAUCCAGGGAUACUGGAACUACGGACAAAAUGGAUGCACAUCGUGCGAAUGCCACACUGGAUAUUCCGUUGGCGUGUCCUGCAACACAACCACCGGUCAAUGUACUUGCCUACCUGGCGUGAUCGGCGAGAAGUGUGACCACUGUCCGUAUCGGCAUGUCCUCAUCCCGGCGCAAGGCUGCUUCUCUUGUGGUUCAUGCACGGGAGAUCUUCUAGAUGUCACGGAUGAACUGAUCGAUUUGUUGGAACCUAUUGCGAGCGAAUACAGCACGGUCGCGGAAGGCUAUUUUACAAAUCAACGAUUGAAAUUUAUUAACGACACGGUGAACGAACUUUAUCCCGAAGUCAGAUUGUUAGAUCCAAGUCGAGUGAACCUGCUGCCACUGCAGGAGAAGCUGGAGAAGCUAGAGCAUGAGGUGUACACUCAGAAGCGGCGUAUCGACUUCACUGCUGAGGAUAGCAUCAAGUGGAAAGACGACGCAGAGAACACACUGCGGAACAUGAAUAUUCUGGAGGAGGACGUAAUACAAAAGAUCGAUCUAGUGAACUUGAUCGUGUCAGAAGUGCAAUCGCUAGCGUUGAACAUCGAGUUGGGAACCGGCGCCAAGGUUGACAGCGCUCUGAAUGAGGCGAGAGAGAUCUUGAAAAAGAUCAAGGAUGUUUCCUUUGUCGAAUUCCGAGAUAAUGCCCUGGACCAGGCGAAUCAAGCCAACAUCUUAGUUUCUGAGAUGCAGGAAUACAACUUCCCGGUCAGCAAUCUGAGUUCCAUCGCGGACGAUCUCAGUAACAAAAUCAAGAAUGCUAGCGCUAAGCUGGAUGAUCUGUUGGACAUUGCGGACGUAGCUCAAAAGUUGGCCAGUGCAGUGGACAAGCUAAACAGAGAGAACAGGCUCGCAGCGCAGACUGGCAACUUGGACGUAGUAAAGAAUUCCACGGCUGAAGCAAACGAGGACUUGGAAGCUGGAGAAAAGCUUAACAGCGAUGCUAAUCAGUUUGUUAACGAUGCGGAGGCCAAUAUUGAUAUUUUGGAAACUAACACUGUUGGCGAUGCGACUGCUCAGCUGAACAAUACUAUCAUCGAAAAUGAUGAUAUGCUGUUUGAGCUGGGUGAGCCAGUGAUGAGAGCCCACAGUCACGCAGCAUAUCUGUAUAAUCGUUCGCUUGAAUUGGACAGUCUGCUCACCGAUACUCGUAACACUAACGCUGUGAGAGCUGUUUCAGCCUACAGAGAUAUCGAAACCGCAAUUCAAGCAGCGAGAAACGCCGCCGAGGAUGCUAUGAUUGCUGCUGAAAAUGCAACUGCCUUGUCUGAUGGAAUGGAUCAAAAAAUGCUUAAUUCCACAAAUGAGUGCUUCAAGCUGUUCGCCGCCGCCCAGCUCGCCUUACAGAAGACAACGGGAGAACCUGAAGAUGAUUUGCGAGACGCAAGGAACAAUGCGACUUUAAUCGAUAAUCAAAAUAAGCGAAAUAAGGAACUUCUCGACUACAUCGAUAAAACUCUCGGUAAUAUCCCUUCACAAUCAUCUUCGGUCGCCCGUGAUGCCAUGAAUCAAGCGAUAAAUGUCGAACGCGACAUCAAGAAUGCUAUCGAUCAUAUGAAUGGCAUUGUCGAUCAGAUCCCAGAGGACCUGCGGGAGACGAAACAGCUCUCAAAGAACACGUCGGAGUCAAUCCGCGACAUCUCGCAAGCGAACAAGCAGCUGGACAUUGUGGACAAAGUCGUGCCGAACAUCACGAAUUUGCUGAACAGCUUGAAUGGCAACCAAAAAUCAAUUGACACUAUUGGCAAUGAUCUGCAGAGCAAGAUUGAAGCCCUAAGAAAUAAGAUAGCGAAUGCCCGGGAACUAGCCAAUCGAUUCAGAUCUGGUUUGACUUUCUACAGGAACACUACUCUAGAGUUGAAGAAUCCAGAAAGUCUACCAUUGUUGAGCACAUCCACCAAGAUUUCUCUGUACUUUAGAACCAACAAAACUAACGGCUUCCUGCUGUACCUUGGAAACGAGGAAACAAUGAAACUGCCACGUUCUAAGACGCAUGACUUCAUGGCAUUAUUGAUUGAAAGCGGAUAUCCGGUACUCAUAGUUGACCUAGGGUCCGGACCCGAAAAAAUCAUUCACAAUAAAUUUGUGUCAGAUAACGUGUGGCGGCAGAUAAUUAUCGACAGAACCGGCAAGAACGUGAAAUUACUCGUUCGCGAAGAUAUCGGCGAAGGUCGGGACAAACUGUACGAAAAGGAACGAGUUCUCCCGGGCUCAUACUACAUCUUUAACGUGGAUCAGGAGCACUCGAAGCUAUUUGUUGGUGGCUACCCAUCGUCCUUCCACAUACAGGAUGCUGUUACCGCAUCUUCGUUCGAGGGUGAGAUGGAGGAACUGAUGAUAGGUGAUAUCCCGGUGUCUUUCUGGAACUUCGUCGACGGCGAGAACAACAGGAAGAGUGCGCUCGAGCGCGACAAGCUCAUCAAUUUCGAGCCAAGCACGGGAUACCGCUUCGACAGACACGGCUACGCAAUUCUUAGCAAGAAGAGUUCGCAAAUCUCGCCAGACAUUAAGAAAUUCAGCAUUAAACUGUCCUUUAAAACUUUCGCUGAAGACGGGCUGAUUUAUCUGAUGGGCAAGGGCAGGCAAUUCCUGUCACUGGAGAUGAAGAAUGGCCAUUUAUUGUACCAGUAUGAUCUUGGCGAGGGUGAGAUGGCCCUAAUAUCCUUGGACAAGUAUAACGACGGUGACUGGCACACCCUGGAAGCUCUUAGAUUGGGUAGAAUGGGUGUACUCAAGGUUGACGGCCAUAAGGUAGGAUCGAUAGGAUCGAGCGCGGUCGAAGGAAAUGCCAAGACUUUAUCCUCAUCGGAUCACAUUUACUUCGGCGGAUAUCCACCUAACGCGAAACAUCCUUAUGAGCCAGUCACUAACAGUGGGUUCGAAGGUUGCAUCGAUAACGUCGUCAUUCUCGACACAUCAGUCGAUCUUACUCGCAAUGUGCAAGCGUUUGGAGUUAUGCCUGGUUGUCCAGUUAGGUUUGCCAGUCUCGUUUCCUUCGAGAAGAACAUGCCUGGUUACGUGAGAUGGCGCAAUUUGGCGUCAGAUGGUCUGCAAGUAAAUCUUAAAUUGAAGACUCUGGCCAAUGACGGAUUAAUUUUCUAUGCGAACAAUAACGAUCAACACAACACAGCCACUAGCUACCUAUCGUUAGAAAACGGUCAACUGGUCUUUAAUAGUCAGGGCGAAGAACUCAGAACCAAUCCUUCGGAUGUAAAGUUCGAUGACAAUGAAUGGCACGUAGUGACUGCUACUCACGGUGGAUCAGCUCUCAGCCUUGAUAUUGACGAUACCAAGAGCUAUAGCACUGAUUCAGCACCGCCGCCGCUGAAUUACCUCUACGGUAGCUUGUACAUCGGCGGAUUGCCGUCGAGUUUGGAUCCUGAUGGUAGAGUCGUGCCCUUCGUCGGCUGUAUCGGCGAUGCGACCCUCAACGGCGAGAUCAUCAUCAACUUUGCCAACGCGACCGAGAGGCCGCAUGCAAUCUUAGGAAAAUGCAAAGGCGGCGAUCAAACGCCUUUGCCACCAAUUGUUGAAUCCGAACUUCCGCCACUGUUGCUACCAACGGAAAGUCCGGAUAUUCUGAUAGAGUCAUCAACUCAGAUCAAUAUAAUAGAUGUCGAUAUUGAAAAAGAGGAUGAAGAUGAAGAACCGGAACUGGAAGGGCGAUUUAACAAUAAGGACGGCAUCAUGUCUACCACGCAAAAGCCAACUCAGCAUUCCAAUGAAUGUGGCUUACCGUACUACCCGGCUGUAGAUCCUGAUCUAGAAAAUGCGUGGAGAUUUGGUACUGCAAGGAACAGUAGAUUAGAAUACAAAACACUCAAGGGAAGAUACAAGGACGAUUACGACUUCCAGAUCAACAUACAGACAACGGCUGAUGACGGAAUUAUAUUCUAUACUUCUGAUUUCAAUAGACAAGAUUUAAUCGCUGUGUAUAUAAUUGAUGGAAAGGUUCAUUACAAAUUUGAUUGCGGAAGUGGACCGGCGUUGUUGAUCAGCGAGAAGAAGAUUAAUGAUUAUCAGUGGCACACAGUGCUGUUCAAGAGACAAGGUACCUUUGGUCAGCUAAUCGUGGACGACGAAAGUGCGGUGAAAGGGUAUUCGUUAGGACACACCACCACCAUUAAUGUCAACCCGCCGUUCUUCGUGGGCGGUGUUUUGCCAGAACUAUCCAAUAUCGUGUACACGACCAUUGGUCUCAAUAAGACGUUCAGUGGCUGUUUAGGAAACUUCAUGAUGAACGGUCAACCGGUUGGAGAACCAUCCGAGAAAGUAGGAGUGAUACCUUGCUCGAACAAAGUCGAGCCUGGCCUCUUCUUCUUCCCAGGAAAUGGCAGUAACUUGUACAAAGCAGUUGAUCGAUUCAACGUUGAUCGAACGAUUAAUAUCGAAAUGAUGAUAAAACCGCGAUCAUCAUCCGGACAUUUACUGUCGGUGCACGGUAGGAGGGAUUAUCUCAUGCUAGAAAUGAUUAACGGCACUAUCAAGUUCCUUGUAAAGACGCAAAAGGGUUCGAUUGAGACUUCGUUUUCAUCGGAUACAGUACACAUAUGUGACGGCGGUUGGCACACAGUUCGAGCCCUCAAACAGAAGAAUGCGGUACUGCUGUCUGUCGACAAUGUAGCCGCGCACCCUGGUAUAUUUGGUGGCAAGAAUGUGCCCAGAGUCAUGUCAAAACACCCGAUAUUCAUCGGUGGCCAUCCAAUGCUGGGAAAACGACUGCGAGGCAGCACUUCGCAGGCCCAGUAUGUUGGUUGCAUUAAAAACAUAAUGAUUAACACGAUACCGAUUAGCAUUAUACCCGAGCGAGCUUAUGGACAAGUAAUUGUCGGUGUAUGCCCAACAAUUUAAAUCGAUAAAAACAAUUUGUCCUAGAUCUUUACCAAAAUUCAGAUUUGAUUAUUUCUUUUUCUUCGAAACAUUGCAUUUUAUUAAGUUUUAAACUAACAUGACAAUAUGAAUAUGAAACAUAUUCAUAAUGAGGAAAAAAUUAAAUUCAUAAACCUGUUAGUCUUUCUUUAAGGAAAAAUAUUUUAUCAGAACCUGUGAAAUUUCAUUUGUACAGAAAAACCAAAGAUAUGAUUUGAGAAAGAAUAAAUAAAAUAUUAUAUAGGCAGGAAGUUGGGAUUAUACAAUUGCAAAAAUGGAUGCGCAAAUUAAAACCAGAAUAAGGUGUAUGUAAAAGUCAUAAAAGCGUUUUAUUUUGUGAAUAUAUAUGUAUUGUAUAUGUAAUGUAAUAUUUGUGCGUAUUGCACUCGGCACAUGUUGUAAAUAAAUCCAAAUUUCCAUAC